GCCUCGGGCCGGCCCCCUGCCUGGUUUUUGUUCUUUUGGAGGUGGGUGGUGGGCAGGAUAGUAUAAAGGGAGGAUAUUACAGGCAGAGGAAACAGUGUGGUCCAAAGCAGAGAAAUACGAGAGCAGGUCCUUUGAGGGAGCCACUGGGGAGCCCUUGCAGCAGUACAGAGCGUGAGUUAGAGAAUGUCACACUGAGGACGGAGGGACCGACGGUGAGAGAUUGCUGUGCCUUAGUGUGGCAGUGUUGUCCCGUGGAAGGUCUCUGUGCCUUAGCGUGGCAGUGUCGUCCCGUGGAAGGUCUCUGUGCCUUAGCGUGGCGGUGUUGUCCCGUGGAAGGUCUCUGUGCCUUAGCGUGGCAGUGUCGUCCCGUGGAAGGUCUCUGUGCCUUAGCGUGGCGGUGUCGUCCCGUGGAAGGUCUCUGUGCCUUAGCGUGGCGGUGUCAUCCCGUGGAAGAUCUCUGUGCCUUAGCGUGGCGGUGUUGUCCCGUGGAAGUGCUGUAGUGCCGAAGGGGGCAGCUGGGUGAUGCACAAGGUCAGAGCAGGUGUCAUGAGGUGGCCUGGCUGCGUUGCGGGCUGCAGAUUUGAAGAAUGAGACGGGACUUGCAGAUCUGGGAGAGAACACGCUGAGGGCCACGGUGGAGGGGGGGAGCCACUGAACAACGGCCGGGACAGAGGGAUGACUUUCUUUUUCUCACUAAGAUUGUUUAAAUGUGUAUGGGGCACCUAAGUCUGUCCCAGCUGUUCGACCUUAGGGGUCACUUUUGUUAUCUUCCUCUCCCUCGCUUUCUUUGGGCCUUAUGUUUGGAAAGAUCGUCUAUCAAAAUAAGUCAUUUGUUUUCAUUUUUUAAAUCUGACACAUAAAACUAAAUGUGUUAUCAAAAUAGGCACUGAAAAAUGAUGUUAAAGUUCCUUAGGUGAAUGGUCUUUUAAUGUCCCUUGAUAUUAUUGUGGGUAAACACGCAAGUUUUCUCAGGCUUUUUGAGAUAUUUGAAGUAACUGUGAAGAGUCCCAUCACUUCUUCCGUGAACCCAGGACAGAAGCCAUUGCAGUUGUUGGUUGAGUGAGUUAUGCUUAUUACUGUUCUCUUUAGAGAGUGUACCAGAAUCGGGCUUUCAGAAGUGUGUUUUUAAGUUCAAGGGUAAAAUGAAGUGCUUUCAUUUUCCUGAGCACUGCUGUUGUUUCUCCCUUUGCUUUGCCUCUGUAAUCAAGUGGAUAAAGUGAGUGUGGUCCUAGCAGAACGUGAUGCCCAAGAAGGGGAAAGUGCAAAGACUGGGAGUCAGAGAACCACAGGUGCAGGGGAGCACUCCCAGCCUGCCUUCUCCUGGCUCCGGGCUCUGUGUGUGUUCGUGGGGCGCAGCGCAGACCCUGUUGGGGCCAGGCCCCUCUCCUGCCUCCCCCAGGCGCCUUACCUGUGAUGCCCCCUCCUGGGCCACUCCUUCUCCCUGCUGCUCUCCGUGAGCUCCUCCUGGAGUGCUGUGCUCCCUCAGCUCCCAGCCUUGGCAAAUCCAGGACCCUCGUGGUACCACGCAGUUCAGCAUUUAACUUAACGUACAAUCAUGUUAUCUCCUCUUGUUUCACUGUGUUAAUCUUGACUCUUCAAAGAGAUUAUAAGCUCUCUAAGGAACAGAAUCUAGAAAUGGCGUGAGAGACAGGAAAUAGUGCAGUCUAACAAAGUGCCGGAGGGCUCAAUUCGGUUGGCUCUGCUCGUUCGCUGACUAGCAGAACACCUGGGGUCUUUUUCUUUCUUUUCUUUAUUUUUUUAAAUAGGGGCUUUUUAAAUUUCUUCUAGUUCUAUUAUAAAAACAUAUUGAAAUGGUAGUUUUUGGCUAUAGGUAUUUGUGAUUUGGGGAUAAUGUGCUCAAUAAAUUUUUUUUUUGUUAUUGAUGUUAUUUUUGAUAUAGUAUAAUUUACUAAUGCAUUCCUGUUGUUCGACUAUUUAGAUAUUUUUCCCAUUUUUACUCUGAUGGAUAGUGGUUCAGGGAGGACUUUUGUUCAAAAGUGUGGUUUGCUUUAGUUGAAGUACUUCCUUCUAUAUAUCCCCCAGAAGUUGGAUUAUUGGGUCAAAAGACAUGAACAUGUUUAUGAGUCUUCCUGCAAAGUUCUAUUGAUUGCAGUGACUUACGUGCCAGCCACAGCUUACGAGUACAGUGAUGUCACUGAUUUUUCUCCUUGUUUGCAGUGUACGGCUCUUUGCCUGUCUUUCUCAUAUUCUCCCUUCUCUGUAGCCAAGGAUUAGCCACAUAAUUUUAUUCUUUAAAGGAUGAUAAGCAUUGCUUGGCACCAGUACAAGUCCGCUUUAAUUGGAAGGUUCUUUUUCAUUCGUGGUCCCAAGGUAUUGCAAAUCUCAUUGGCUAAAUACAGAAAUGAAAUAAUGUGUUAGUUGCUAAUAGAAAAGUACCAUUUAUUUUAGGGCUCAGGAUGUGAUUCAUGACAGAAUAGAUAGAUUAUGACCACCACCCGUUACCAAAAGGCAGUUCUUCCGCUUGCUUUCCACGAUGUGAAGACAGUAAUGUUACUUGGUAGUAAAUGAGUAAUGCAUUUAAUAAUCUUCACAAUAGUCCCGUUCCUGAGACGAGAAAAAUGGACGCAAAGAAGUAGAGACUCCCCAGGGGCACCCAGGCGGCAAGUGCCAGAGCUGGGGGCCCGUCCAGGCCGUCUGGCUCCAGAGUCCAGGCUCUAAGGUCUGUUGCUCUGUCCCUCUUUCCAAACUCAAGCUUUCUGUGGACUCAGUGAUUACGUUUCAAGUAUAGUUAUUGUAGUAUAUGUACGUAUCUACACGGGCACGUAUUUAGAUACAUGUAUAUGUAAAAUACAUAUGUUUACAUAUUUAAAAUAGAUAAAAUAUACAUAUAUUUACAUAUGUACAUUUCAUACAGUAACUGUUAUUACAAUAACUGCAUUUUAAGUGACAUCACUGCUGCUUUUGUCAUAUACAGUCUGGUCACAGCCUCUGUUAGAUUACAUUUGGUAAUUAGUUAAUGAUUUUCCCUUACCAAAUUUAUAGAAUAGGCCCCAAACUAAGCUGUUUUUACCAAAAUUUCUAUAACUAUACCAUAAACUGACCAAUGCCCAAAUUAUAUAUCAACCAUAGUUUCCAGUUACUUUCUUUGCAGAAAAAGCACUUUUUUUUUGCAGCUACUGUAAUUUAUUACAAAUGGACAGUACAAUAAAAGCACAUUUCAGCACAAUUCUGUGAAAACAUAUUGUGAUCUUUAAUAAGAUUGUAUUAUUCAGUCACAAAUUAGCAUUCAAGAUGAGAUGUUCUCUUUUUGCUGGAAAUUGCUGUGAGGAAUUGAUAGCGCUGUCUGCCUUGCUGGCCUUCAGUGAACUUGUGCGUUCUUCCCCUGGUCACGUGCCCCUGUAGUGCCCCUGGAGGGUGCUGGUGUCCUGACAGCAGCUCCACCACCUGAACCUUUCAGUUAUUAAGAGGUGUCUUCCAUCUUCCAGGUCUUCUCUGCUGAUGAUGAAUAUCACCCGUAGUGAACAGUCUCCUUUGUUUGAGAGAGAAACUUUAAAACGUAGAGCAUUUUUUUUCAAGUAAAUAUUGAUGUUGGUAGCCAGUGGUAGUAGACACUUGGUGAAUCAGUGAGUGAGUGCCUCACAUGGUAAGUCAGCUCCUUGUUUGGAUGGGCUGUGUUAGAGAGGACUUGCUCAGUUACAAAGGGGCAGUAUUAGCUUGAGAGAAAAGAUAAUUUAUUGGCUCACUGUGGGAAUUCCUAGGAGUGGCUUCUGGCUUCAGACGCAGCUAGAUGCAGUGUUUCAAGUGACGUAGUCAAGACUUCUGAGCUUUGCUUUCUUCUUGUUGGCAUCCUUCUUCAGCAAGGCUUUUACCCCAUAAAGAUGGUGGCAGCCCCUCCAGGCUCCUGUCGUUCUUAUAAAUAACAGUCCAAAUGCCGAAGCAGCCCUCCACGCCAGCUUUUGUAUAACAGAUUUCAUGGAGGAAUUCUGGGUUUGCGUGGGUUGUAUGUUCAUCAUUUAGACCAAUUACGGUGACUGGAGAAUGGGGUACCCUGUUUGGCCAGCCCUGGGUCACAUCCCUACCCUACAUCUUCUUCCACCGUCCAGAGUAGACAGCACGCUGUGAUUGAUAGCCCACUGGAAACAUCUGGGCUGGCACAGGGGCACUCCCUAGUGGAAAGAUGGUGCCAGACCAAUGAAAAGAGAUGUCCUCUACGUUCCAUCCCGUGGUCAGCCAACACACAUUUGAACCUGUGCAUUCAUACAUGCUUUCUCUUUUUUAAUACGUAAGAUUUCAAAGAGGUCACCACCUAAUAUAAUGCAACUGUCCCAUUUACUUAACGUCCCUAACCCAAAGUAGACUUCCCAAAAUUUAGCUUAGUUACUGCAUCUAGCUCUCAAUUCCAGAUCUCUAGGUGAUGUGGAUUCUUGAUCAGUGGUAGAUUGGUUGUAGAUGUGCCUUCUCACUCACGACUCGCUGUUAUUUUAAUGAACAUCCCCUCAACAACGUGAUAUCAGCACUUUAUCCGUUAUCUCAUCCAGUCUUUCCAAUAAUCCUGAGAGGCCACUAUUUCAGAUUUUACAGAUGGAGAAUCUCAGGUGAGAAGCUAGUGUUUGUAGAAUCCAGAUUAGGACCCAAGUUUGACUGACUGUGGAGGUUAAGUCUGUCUUAGCCAGUGUUCUGUCCGUGUUGUCUCUAGACAGCUGAGGUCCAGCCAUCUGGGAAGUGAUCGCAAGCUUCCAGCAGUCCCUCGCUCGCCUGCUAGAGCAGCGGGUGGAGGACGGGAGACGGCAGCAGAGUCCGAUGUUCUUUCCAGAGGGCUGGGCUCCACACAGUUGGCAGAUGCCACCUAUGUUCUCUUUUAGGUGAAACGGUAACUGCAAAACAGGCCAUGAAGUAGAAGGUGUUCAGCUUACCUGUUCUUCAGGGCGAGAAAAGUGACCCUACUUAAGGGAGAAAAUCCUUGUAAUACAGAGCACACAGACAACUUGAAGGUCGGGUGUCAGAGUCCAGGCCAGGUUCCGUAUUUCCAGGUACUAGAGUGAAAAUAUAGGCUCUCCAGGAGCGAGUGCCUGGUGAAGGUGGAGGUGUGCUCAGGUGAGACGUUGGGUAAUACACUGCACUGAGAAUUCCUUUCAAGAACCUGAACUUCAAAGCUGUUUUUUUUCCCUCCCCAAGGCUGUGGUGCGUGGUUGUGUGUCCUCGUUGUAGCUUCUAGUUCUUCUGUGUGAGCUGCUGCCACAGCACGGCUGCUGACUCGCGAGCGGUGUGGUUCCACCCCAAGAACUGAACCCAGGCUGCCGAAGCAGAGCACGCUGGGCUUUACCGGCCAGGCCCUCGGGGCCAGCUCAGAGCUGUGCUGAAGCCAGAGGCCGGUAGACGUUCAGGAGGAGGUUCAAGCACAGUUUCUGAGUUUGGAACACGAUUGCUGAGCCUUCAGUUGGAAAACCAGUGUUUGCUAUGACCCCGAGUGCUGGGACGUCGUGAUGCUUUUCCCGCAGGCCAUGUGAUGAGGAGCAGAGUUUGGCUUUGGUGUGCUCGGAACUGGGGGGAGUGCCGAGGCCUGGGAGCCCAGCCCUGACCGCCAGAGAGCCCCCAACACGAUGAACAAAUUGAACUUCCACAACAACAGAGUCAUGCAGGACCGCCGCAGCGUGUGUAUUUUCCUUCCCAACGACGAGUCCCUGAACAUCAUCAUAAACGUUAAAAUUCUGUGUCACCAGUUGCUGGUCCAGGUGUGUGACCUGCUCAGGCUAAAGGACUGUCACCUCUUUGGACUCAGCGUUAUACAAAAUAAUGAACAUGUGUACAUGGAGUUGUCACAAAAGCUUCAUAAGUAUUGUCCAAAAGAAUGGAAGAAAGAGGCCAGCAAGGUACGCCCACACGAUGUCACCUGGGGUAUUGACCAAUUUGGGCCUCCCAUGAUCAUCCACUUCCGGGUACAGUACUACGUGGAAAAUGGCAGGUUGAUCAGUGACAGAGCAGCGAGGUACUACUACUACUGGCACCUGAGAAAACAAGUCCUUCGCUCUCAGUGUGUGCUCCGCGAGGAGGCCUACUUCCUGCUGGCCGCCUUCGCCCUGCAGGCCGAUCUGGGGAACUUCAAAAGGAACAAGCACUACGGAAAGUACUUUGAGCCAGAGGCGUACUUCCCGUCUUGGGUGGUCUCCAGGAGGGGGAAGGACUACAUCCUGAAGCACAUCCCCAACAUGCACAGAGACCAGUUUGCGCUGACGGCCUCCGAGGCCCAUCUCAAGUACAUCAAGGAGGCCGUGCGGCUGGACGACGUGGCCGUGCAUUACUACAGGCUGUACAAGGAUAAAAGGGAACUUGAAGCUUCUCUGACCCUUGGACUGACCAUGCGUGGAAUCCAGAUCUUCCAGAACGUAGAUGAAGAGAAACAAUUACUUUACGAUUUCCCCUGGACGAAUGUUGGAAAGUUGGUGUUUGUGGGUAAGAAAUUUGAGAUCUUGCCGGACGGCCUGCCCUCAGCCAGGAAGCUCAUCUACUACACGGGCUGCCCCCUGCGCUCCAGACACCUCCUGCAGCUCCUGAGCAACAGCCACCGCCUCUACAUGAACCUGCAGCCCGUGCUGCGCCACGUCCGGAAGCUGGAGGAAAGCGAAGAGAAGAAGCAGUAUCGGGAGUCGUACAUCAGCGACAGCCUGGAGCUCGACAUGGGCCCGCUGGAGCAGCGGUCCCGGGCCAGCGGCAGCAGCGCAGGCAGCGCGAGGCACAAGCGCCUGUCGCGGCACUCCACCGCCAGCCACGGCAGCUCCCACACCUCGGGCAUUGAGGCCGACACCAAGCCGCGGGACGCGGGGCCUGAGGACGGCUACUCCAGCGGUGCCGUCCACCGCAAGCUGAAGACCUGCAGCUCGACCACCAGCCACGGCAGCUCCCACACCUCGGGGGUGGAGAGUGGCGGCAAGGACCACCUGGAGGAGGGCUCGCAGGACGACGAAAUAGAGAUGUUGGUUGAUGACCCCAGGGACCUGGAGCAGAUGCACGAAGAGUCUCUGGAGGUCAGCCCGGACAUGUGCAUCUACAUCACGGAGGACAUGCUCAUGUCACGGAAGCUGAACGGACACUCGGGGUUGAUCGUGAAAGAAAUUGGCUCCUCCACGUCCAGCUCCUCGGAAACAGUCGUCAAGCUUCGAGGCCAGAGCACUGAUUCUCUCCCUCAGACUGUCUGCCGGAAACCAAAGAGCUCCACUGACCGGCACAGCCUGAGCCUGGAUGACAUCAGACUCUACCAGAAGGACUUCCUGCGCAUCGCCGGCCUGUGCCAGGACACCGCGCAGAGCUACACGUUUGGGUGCGGCCACGGCCUGGGCCAGGAGGGCCUCUACUGCAGCAGCUGCUUGGCUCAGCAGAGCGUGCACAUCCAGGACGCUUUGCCCGUCAAAAGAGCCAGCAAGUACUUCUCUCUGGACCUCACUCACGAUGACGUUCCGGAGUUUGUUGUGUAAAGUGCACCGGCCGGCAGCCACACGGCGGCCUGCCCUUUGCUGGGGGCCGCGGGGGCCGCGGGCGGCUGCUUUGCUCAUCAUUGUGCCAUAUUUCCUUCCCCCAAACACCCUCUUUCUUUACGAUAUUUGUGACGGAAACAAAAGCCUUGGGACAGUUGCACUUUAAGGACCGUGCAUAGGUGCAGGGACUGCAGGGGACGUCUAGACGGCGCCCAGAAGUUCACAGCCUGUGGCGGGAGUGCCUUUGCUGGUCAGCCAGCCUUCAGAGCAUCGAGCUGCGGUGCGUUCGGUCGCCGUCUUGUUUUCUCAUUCAGCUGCCUGUAAUGUCACGUUUUUUAUCACGUGAAACAUGUUGUUAGAUGUUUGCUGGUAAUUUUUUUAUCGCUCCCUCGUGAAAUGGUCAUGUUUUGAGGGAGGAGGAGGAAGAGUCGCCUCUUUCUGUGGGGAGACCGUUGACGCGCACAGGGGCUGUCCCAAAGAGAGCCCUCGCAAGGCCGUCACAGUCACGUGGUUCUCGAAAGCCAAAGAGUCGCUGUACGGAGGCAUCGCCCAGGAGGGAGAUGUGAGUCAGCAGUCAGCAGGGGACGGCACGCUGUGAUGCCAUGACUCCUUCGCAGCCGGCUGCACCCGGCCUCCUCUCCCAGAAAGCUCUAGGCCUCAGCUGAGUCCUCAUCCAAGGAACCCAUCAGCUGUGUUCAUGUCUUAAUGUAUCUUGUGGCGUUUCAAAACCAGUUUCUGUUACAGCUACAGAAACGUCUUAGAAAAUGUUUGUGCUUGGUGUUCGUUUUUAAUCAAGAACGAAUUAUGGUAACGGUAGUUUCUGCUUAACCACAAUGCCCUAACUACAUGUAUGCGUAACACAUACAUAAAUCCACUAGGCUGUGUGUGUCUGUAUGUGUGCAAAGCUUGCCGCUCUUUAUUUUCGCCUCCAUGGCUGUCUGGUCCACACGGCUUUUCUUGUCUAAUACGGAGGAUGUGUCAUGGAAUGCGUGGUGCCUGCAGACAAUCACUUGAUGGAGAGUUAAGAACAACUGUUUCCUCACGUGUCUUUUCCUGUGAUUCUCAACCCUGGUUGCAUAACAAUUAUUUGGGGAGCUUUUAAGGAAAUAGCCAUGUCUGGGUCCCAUCCUGGGUGAAUUAGCUCAGUGUCCUGUGGUGGGACCCAGGUGGGAUCGCCUCUUCUUUCAGAGUUCUCCAGAAGGAGCUCAUACGCGGCAGAGUUGGAAGCCACUGGUUCAGAGGGCGUCUCUCGUGGAUUUUGAAGCAGAAGUGUGUGGGAGAUGUUAGUGUUUGAGAAAGGGCCAGUUUUGAGACGGUUUCUGCCACUGCUGCGAGGCGUCCAGGGCAACCAGGUCGGGAGAGCAACUGAGCCUCCGCAGAGCGCGUUGCUCAGCACAAGGUCUUUCUACGGGAUGUUUUAAUGACCAAGUAUUUUACAACAUUUGUUUACCAUAUUUUAAUAUACCAUUUUUUCUAUCUACCAGGUUUUAUUAAAAAAAACUAUAUAUUAUUUUCUAAAGAAACAGUCAUAUUUUUAUACAAAAUUGUUUUCAGGUAACAAAGAAAUAGACUUAGGGUACAGCAGACUUGCAGUGUUACCCCCGGUGGGAGUCAGUAUUACACACAUGGAGAUCGUCAGCACGCCCCACCUGUGGCACCUCGUGUCCCCACGUGGAUGUCACAGGGCCUGGUGGACUCGAGCCUGGUCAGAGGACUUUAACUUGACACCUCAGAAGGCAAAAAAGUUCUGUAGUCAUGAAUUAUUUUGCUUUAGCAAGUGUUUUAAGAGAACCAAAGUUUGAGCUUCAGGCUGUACGGACGUGUCUGUCUCUGUAUAAAGGAUGACAGGAUCAUCUAAUGACUGUUUCACUGGUGAGUCACUCAUAACCACCAUUUCUUACGGAUGCUGGAAAGAAAUCCUGGUGAAGUUUGGCUCUAAAGAGCCCAGAUCAUAAUGUGGGGCGUUUUCUUGGCUCUUGGUUCCUGCAAAGAUCAAGAAAACCCUGUUUAAUUAAAUGGGUCGUGCUUGCACUUCCUUCUCUCUACUCCAGCCGGAAUCGGGCUCCCGGGCUCUGCCAGCAUCGUCGGUGGUCUUGCACACCCUCCUUGUAAUGGGGUUUAUGAAUAGUCUUGUGGGUUUUCAAAGAUGAAACAUGCUAAGGACACUUUUGCUUUUUGAUCCACUGAUUGCAGCAGGAAUAUAUAUAUAUAUGUAUAUGAAAAUCCAUCUUGAAUAUCUACAUUUUUGUAUUUGAAAAUUGUUUUAAAAAAAUAAAAAAGGAAAAGAAAAGUGUAAAGCUGUUAUUUAUUCUGCGUUUGUUAACAUGCGUUGCCAGCCAGCCUCCCGACGUGGGAGAUGUUGCCUCCACGCGUUUUCAUUUGUGUUUGCACCAGUGAGCUUUAUCUCUGCGUGAACUGUCAGAGUCCUUUCUGUGAAAGGAUCAUCGUGUCAGGAUGGCACCAGUGUGUAAAAAACUGCACUAUUUUGUAACUAUUCUUAUAGGCAUUUCAUGGUAAGAUUAGCAGUAAAUAAAGUUACUUUAAUUUGUCUUU